GCCACCAUUCUUGUGAUUAUCUAGCUAGCAAGCGACAACACCGCAUCAUCAGCCUGCCCUACGUAACAGAAUCAACGCUGGCUUCCUGAAAGGGUGGAGUAGAAGAGCGGGGAAGAAGACGUCAGAUUGUGGAUUAUCUGUUGAUCCAAUUUGACCGUUUUGACAGCCUUCAUCAAAUCGCCAAACGGGGUUCAAGCGAUACAGCAAGAAUGACCGAGCAACGGAGUGGCUACCAGCAGCUCACCAAUGAAGAGGAGGCAGGUGAAGUGCCUCAAGAAGUACCUGACGCCCCCCCACCAUACAACAGCAUUGCAGCGGACAAUGCAGCUCAUUUCACCUAUAAAGAGGAUGGAUGCUAUCCCAAUCCUCCUUCGUACAACGUUGCCACAUCAUUGCCCUCCUAUGACGAAGCUGAGAGGACCAAAGCUGAAGCAGCGGUGCCUCUUGUCCCUGGGAGGGAGGAAGAGUUCAUUGCCAGGGAUGACUUUGAUGACGCCGACCAACUGCGGAUUGGAAACGAUGGCAUAUUUAUGCUGACAUUCUUCAUGGCAUUCCUUUUCAACUGGAUUGGCUUUUUCCUGUCAUUCUGUCUGACCACCUCUGCUGCUGGUCGCUAUGGUGCCAUCUCUGGGUUCGGACUCUCCCUGGUCAAGUGGAUUCUGAUAGUCAGAUUUUCUACCUACUUCCCUGGCUAUUUUGAUGGCCAGUAUUGGUUGUGGUGGGUGUUCCUUGUGUUGGGGUUCCUGCUGUUCUUCAGAGGUUUCAUAAAUUACUCCAGAGUGCGCAAAAUGGCCGACUCCUCCUCUUUUUCUACCCUCCCACGAACCAGAGUGCUCUUCAUCUACUGAAGGUCAACUCAGAAAUGGUCUGCAAAUCUGCAGAGGCUUACAUCAAAGAAAAGGAGAACAUGACUUUGAAAACCAAUGUACCAUUCAGACGAAUGAUUCUUUGUUUCUAUGUGCACAUUUUUACUAAUGGAUGCUGAUAGUUCUGUAACCAUUUACUCAUUAGUGGAUUAUGUCAAGUGCUAUUUUCGAUUUAAUCUGUGAUGCCUUAUGUAUGAUUUGCUGACAGUCAAAGCAAGCUGCUGGACUCUGUGGGAAGACUGAAAUGAUACGUUUUGAUUUUGGCCAGCAGGGGGCAGUCUUGUUAAACUCUUUUCAGGAUUUAGUAUUCUUUUAAAGGUAAUGAAAAUGCCUGGUACUCCAUUCCACACUAUCAUUUAGUUUCUGUAUAUGGAUGAAAAUCUUAACCCUUCAAUUGUUGGGGACUUAUUUGUUUUUACUUUGUAAGUAAGUAUGUAAAGUACAGUGUGUCAUUUAUUUCAGUGUUUGGUUUUAAAAGGUAUGAUGGUUUAUAUGCAGUGACACAAGUGGUACUGUAGACAUGCAUUAUUUUAAAUAAAUCACGGUUAAAAUUCAUAGCAGACCUAAGCAUUAUGAAACAUGUAUACAUGCAAACAUAUAAUGCGUUUGAACAAUGCUUUUGUAUUUGGGUUGAAAAGAGAAGCUGGUGAUAUCCAGUUAACCACACAUUUGGGAGGCCAUAUAUGUGUUUGCAAGUCCAACAGGAAUUAAUUUGUAGGAUUAGUAAGACACACAAAAACACGCAGAAACCAAUGAUUGUUGUAUUAUUAAGCAGAUACUGUGUUGCUUUGUAUGAUGACAAGUUGAGAUCUUUUCUGGUAUUUUCAAAGGUUAAACAUUCAUUAACACUUCCCUCAGGUGAGAGGAUAUUCUGUCAUGAAAUUUUUGCAAUUUUGUGUCUAGUAAUAUUAAAUAAAUGUCACUUCAGUAGCAAA